AUGUGUGUUAUUCUGAAACUGGCAGGUGUACCAAUGCGAAUACUUAUUCAAAUUAUUAGAACAAUUGCUGAUGUUAUUGAUGGUAGUGCUGAAAAUAAAAGAUUUCUUGAUUCAGUCAUGAAUAAUUAUGGUAUUAUUCAACAAUCUGUACUUUACAAUCUACUGAACGUAAUGAUCAAUGGUCGAAAUAAACCAUUUGAACUUCGAAUUGCAAUACUUUAUUUUUUAAGAUGUUAUUUAUAUCAAAAUGAAUUUGGUAAAAACAUGAUUAUUAGUACACUUUCAUAUCAAAGUGAAAUUGCUAAUCAUUAUACAUUAGGUAGCUGGUUGAUUAAUGGUUAUGUUAUCAAUGAUGUUGUGGCAUCAUGGUGCUCUAGUAUUGGAUUCUCAUGUUUAAUUGGUGGUCAUUUCGAUAAGACACAUAAAGAAGAAAUGCUUAAGGUGGUAAUAUCGAUUGAUCAAUCACCAAUAAAUGGUAAAACAUUAAUGGAAUUAUCAACUGAUUUACUGAAAAAUCUGAUUUCACAAGUAUGCCUUGACUCAGAUACAGACGAUCGUGGUCGUCUUAUUCAAUCAUUAUGUGCAUUUGUAUUAUGUCUAUGCAUAUCUUCAUAUAAUAAAAUAGGAUCAUAUUCUAGUGAUUCAAUUAAACAAUUGAUAUGUAAAGAGAUAAACAUAAAAUCAUUCCAAGAAAUACGUAAAAGAUUAUCGGAAUCUGAAUUUUAUGUCAAAGCAUUUCAAAAUCCACAAUUAAAAUUAGCAACACCAGAUGAAAUGGCACUUACUUAUGAUUUUACUCAAUUACAUGAAUACAGUACAAGUUCAACAGGAGUUUGA